AUGUACAGUAUCAAGUUUCAGGCAAUGAUUAGGGAGAGUAUGAAGUCGAGUGAGGAGAAGAUGGCGUAUGAAGAGAGGCUGUUGAGGGAGUAUGACGAGCAGAAGCAGGCAAUGGAAAGACGAAUUGCGGAGAACAAGAAGCACGAGGAGGCAGUGAUUCCAAAAAUAAUUGAGAAAGUGAAGAAUGAGAUGUUCAAGGAGGAGGACAAGGCAGAAGCAAAGGGGUAUCUCUAUGCACCAGCUGAGCCAAACUACCUCAUAGCAGUUCAAAUUAGGUCACAAUGUGGGAUAAAUCCAAAGACAAAGAAGACGAUGGAGUUGUUGAGACUGACCAAAAUAAACAGGUGUGUGAUACUGAAGAACAACGAGUGCAUCAGGAAGAUGCUGCAGAUUAGCAAGGACUACAUCGCAUAUGGAACAGUAGACUACCAGAUGCUAAGGAAACUGGUAUAUAACAGGGGAUGUGGGAAGAUUGGAAACAGUCGAGUCAAAUUGACCAAUGAGGUGAUUGAGGAUGCAUUUGAUGGGAAAUACAGGUGCAUUGAGGAGCUGUUGUACUCCGUAUACUCUGGUUCAGAGGACAUGAAGAUGAUUCUGAACUUUAUUGUCCCAAUUAAGCUAAACUGCCCAAGAGGUGGAUUCUGUGCUGGCAGGAAGCUCAGGUCGUUUGUCCAGGGCGGAGCAAGUGGAAACCACGAGGAGCUGCUCUGUAACCUCCUUGAGAAGAUGAUUUAG